GCGCGGACCGCGACGCGAGUGGCCGAUUCCGAGCGCGGGCCCCCUGGCCUGGUACCGAUUCCGCCCGAUACCGAGCGAGCGUCGUGGGGCCCACGGCGAGUGCGGAGGGCCCGCCCGAUAGCCGAAUUCCUAGGGCCCGGGACACGCAGGGAGUGCCAGGACGCGAGUAGAAGAGGCCCAUGCACAGCCCGGCAUGCGGCGCGGGGCCGACAAGGCGGGAAAUCAGCCUCUAAAGGGCCCGACCGGGCCCGAUCAGGCCCAUCUUCGGGAGAACCCGAAUUAACGCAAAGGACGUCGGUCCGAACCGAGUUUUCCCGGCGGUUCGACGUUAGGGCCCCGAUCUGCGGGGUCCUAUCCGUAAAGUAAAGUCUCGUCAGGCCCCGAAGUGUUUGGGCCAGUUGACGGACGUCCAGUCACCGGUACCCGUGUGCAGUGCCAUCGUCGGCUAAGCUCUCGGAUGAGGCCGCAGGGCGCGCUCCAGGACGCAGCGGGGCCCGACGACCGGAUGCCGAGAUAGCCCCGAUGUGGUUCCGGUGAGGAGACCGCGAUGGCAGCGGCCCCGCCGCUGGUCCCCGGCGACGUUGGAAGAACCUCGACCUCCAUCACUAGAGCCUUCUUCAGGGUCGACCUGGAAGGGACCGCCGGUCGGUAGAGGGCAUGCGAGCUCAUCAUGUUCAACCACUACCGCGGCCCGCGAGCGCUGACGACACCUUGCCUCUUCGCCGCCGCCAUCCUCUUGGUGGUUGUCGGUAGCUACGACGUGUCCGCGGACCUCAACUCCGAAUUCGUCAAAGGAAAGAUUUGCAUCGGCACCAAUGGCCGCCUUUCCGUGCCGUCCAACAAGCAGCACCACUACCGGAAUCUUCGAGACCGGUACACCAACUGUACUUACGUCGACGGCAACCUGGAGAUCACCUGGCUUCAGAACGACACCGUGGACCUCAGUUUCCUGCAGUACAUCAGGGAGGUCACAGGGUACGUCCUCAUCAGCCACGUCGACGUCAGGAAGAUCGUCCUGCCGAGGCUGCAGAUCAUCCGCGGUAGGACGCUCUUCAAGCUCAACAUCCACGACGUCGAGUUCGCCCUCUUCGUCACCAUGUGCCAGAUGUACAACCUGGAGAUGCCGGCGUUACGCGAUAUCCUCAACGGCAGCGUCGGCGUAUACAAUAACUACAACCUCUGUCACAUUAAGACGAUUAAUUGGGACGAGAUUAUAACGGGUCCAGGAGGCAAGUACACUUACGUGUACAACUUCACCUCACCCGAGAGGGCAUGUCCGGAGUGCGACAAGAGCUGCCAGCAGGGAUGCUGGGGCGAGGGUCCAGAAAAUUGUCAGAUGUUCUCCAAGACGAAUUGCUCCCCUCAGUGCUGGCAAGGAAGGUGUUUCGGCUCGAAUCCUCGAGAGUGUUGUCACCUGUUCUGCGCAGGGGGAUGCACGGGCCCCAAACAGAGCGACUGCCUCGCCUGCAAGAACUUCUUCGACGACGGAGUAUGCACGCAGGAGUGUCCACCUAUGCAAAAGUACAACCCGACAACGUACUCCUGGGAGGCGAACCCUGAAGGGAAAUACGCCUACGGGGCGACCUGCGUCCGGAAGUGCCCUGAACACCUGCUGAAGGAUAAUGGAGCCUGUGUGAGGUCCUGUCCCCCGAAGAAGAAGGACGUCAACGGGGAAUGCGUCCCUUGCGAUGGCCCUUGUCCCAAAACUUGCACCGGGGUCGACAAGGUGCACUCGGGGAACAUCGACAGCUUCAAGGACUGCACCAUCAUCGAGGGCUCCAUCACCAUCCUGGACCAGAGCUUUGAAGGAUUCCAACACAUCUUCGCGAAUUUUACCUUCGGCUCGAGAUACGAAUCCAUGCACCCGGACCGCCUGGAGGUCUUCAGCACGCUCAAGGAGAUCACCGGGUUCCUGAAUAUCCAGGGGGAUCAUAAGGACUUCACGAAUUUGUCCUAUUUCCGGAAUCUGGAGAUUAUCGGGGGGAGGACCCUGACGGAAUACUUCGCCUCGCUGUAUAUAGUCAAGACUGCUUUGGUCUCUCUUGGUCUCAGCUCCUUGAAAAAGAUCUCUUCAGGGUCGAUAGCUAUUCUGGAGAACAAGGACCUGUGCUAUGCCCAGAGCAUCGACUGGUCCAGGAUCAAGAAGUCCUCCGAGCACGAGAGCCUGCUCUCGAAUAACAAGAACGAGAGCGACUGCAUUAAGGAAGGACUCGUGUGCGACGAGCAGUGCUCCAAAGAGGGAUGCUGGGGCCCGGGUCCAGCGCAGUGUCUCUCCUGCAAGAACUUCAUCUUAGGAAACGUGUGCAUACAAGACUGCAACGCCAUUCCUGGGAUCUACCAGGCGGACUCGCGGAUCUGCAAGCCCUGCCACGAGGAGUGCGACGGCAACUGCACCGGUCCGAAUACCGAGCAUUGCCACAAGUGCAAGCACGUCCGAGAUGGUCCAUUCUGCGUGCCCGAGUGUCCAGCCUCGAAGUACAAUGACAACGGCCAAUGCACGCACUGUCAUGAGAACUGCGUGGGAGGAUGCGAGGGUCCCGAGAACAACAUCGGUGCCAACGGCUGUCACAGCUGCGAAAAAGCUAUUAUGAACGGGCACGUGCCCGAAGGGUGCCUGCAGAAGAAGGAGGCUUGUCCUGACGGAUACUUCUACGAGUGGGUGGCUCUCCAGGAACAGGGGGCGUUGAAGCCUCUCGCCGGGAAGGCCGUGUGCAAGAAGUGCCAUCCUCGGUGCAAGAAGUGCACCGGCUUCGGCAUCCACGAGCAAGUAUGCCAGCUGUGCACCAAGUACAAGAGGGGGGAGCAGUGCGAGGACGAGUGUCCUGCGGAUCACUUCACGGAUGCCGACACGCACCUCUGCAUACCUUGCUUCGGAGAGUGCAGAGGGUGCUUCGGACCUGGUCCCAACCAGUGCUACAGUUGCCGGAACUUCAAGAUCUACACGGAUGGCGACCCAGGCGACAACGGGACGGCCUUCAACUGCACCGAGACGUGUCCUCCGGAGUAUCCCCACAAGAUCUUCCCAGCUGGCAACGAACCCUACUGUUCCCUGGAAUCGGUUGCCUACCAGCUGGAAGGGGAACUUCAACCCGCCAUCCUGGCAGGCAUCGGCAUCUUCACGGCCGCCUUCAUGGCAGUGGCCGCAGUGGUGGUCUGCCAAUGGAGGCUCAGGACCAAAGCGAAGGAGAACACCGUCAAGAUGACUUUGGCCUUGACCGGCCUGGACGACAACGAGCCUCUGAGGCCAACCGGAGUCAAGCCAAACCUGGCCAAGCUGAGGAUCAUCAAAGAGGAGGAGAUGAGGAAGGGUGGUAUCCUGGGGUACGGCGCUUUCGGGAACGUCUACAAAGGUGUCUGGGUUCCCGAGGGGGAGAACGUGAAGAUCCCCGUGGCCAUCAAGGUUCUCCACGACGGGACCGGUGCAAAUACCUCUAAAGAGUUCCUGGACGAGGCUUAUAUUAUGGCCAGCGUCGAGCAUCCGAAUCUUCUUCAGCUUCUCGCGGUCUGCAUGACCUCGCAGAUGAUGCUGGUGACCCAGCUCAUGCCGCUGGGUUGUCUGCUGGAUUUCGCAAGGACCUACAAGGACAAGAUCGGAUCCAAGCCCUUGCUGAACUGGUGCACCCAGAUAGCUAGGGGAAUGGCGUACCUAGAAGAGAGGAGACUGGUCCACCGCGACCUGGCUGCCAGGAACGUCCUCGUCCAGACGCCCAAUUGCGUCAAGAUCACCGACUUUGGUCUUGCCAAACUAUUAGACAUCAACGAGGAACAGUACAAGGCUGCCGGUGGGAAGAUGCCCAUCAAGUGGCUGGCCCUGGAGUGCAUCCAGCAUCGCGUCUUCACCCAUAAAUCCGACGUAUGGGCCUUUGGGGUCACGAUCUGGGAGGUGCUGACUUACGGCGGGAGACCCUACGAGAACGUGCCCGCCAGGAACGUCCCGGAACUCCUGGAAAAGGGUGAAAGGCUUCCCCAGCCGGCGAUCUGCACGAUCGACGUCUACAUGAUCAUGAUCAAGUGCUGGAUGCUGGACGCAGAAUCCAGGCCGAGCUUCAAGGAGCUCGCCGAGGACUUCGCCAAGAUGUCCAGGGAUCCUGGAAGGUACCUCGCCAUCAAAGGGGACAAGUACAUGAGACUGCCUCCGUAUACUCUGCAGGACGAGAAGGAAAUGAUCCGCAACCUCGCGUCAGCCAUGGACGGCCCCGAAGCACUGGUGGACGCCGACGAGUACCUUCAGCCGAAGUCGAGGGCACCUCUUCCUCCAGGGAUCUCCGCAUCGAGUACUUCGGGAUCUCCUCCGAAUACGCCGAUCAAGACUUGCUGGCCCAACGGGGCCCAGCUCGCAGCGGAUUCGCCGACCCCCCAGAACCAGCAGAACUGGGACCGGGAACUUCUGAGAUAUGGCCAUGGCCACGGGGGCAUGGUCGGUACCGGUGGUGGUGCCGGAGGAGGUGGACCCCAUGGAAACGGAAACACUGUCCAUGAACCUGGGAACUCGGGUCAGCAUCCUCUGUACUCUCGACCGAGCGGUCACUGCGGUCACUUCGUAGUGGGGUCCGAUGGGUCCAGCUCGAGGUACUGCUCGGACCCCCUCAAGAUGGUCGGCGUUAGAGAUUGCGACGUGACGGACGACUGCUACGACCCUGACCUAGGCUCGGCGCACCAGCAGGCACAGGUGGGUAACCUGAAGCUGGAUCUCCCUGUGGACGAGGACGACUAUCUGAUGCCUUCUCCUCAGCUCCCCAGCACCGCGACGCAGUACAUGGACCUGAUGGGCCAGUCGAAGUCCUCGACGACCGGUGAGGGCGAGCUCUCAUCCGCAACCCGACCUCGAGGAGGUCGACCGGCCGACUCGCAACGAGCGUUCGCGGUAAUCGGCCGCGUGAUUUCAGAGCCGGAACAAAGGAGGACGAGCAACGGGUACCGGAAGUACCCGGACUUCCUGGCGAUCCCGGGCAAGACCUCGGUGGAUAACCCCGAGUACAUCAUGUCUCAGGACGAGGGCCCGCUCACCCCUCAGACCCUCGGCAUCCCGACGCCGGACCUCGAGAAGGUCCUCACCAACGGCGCCUUCGGCUCCCAGGUCAGACAACGAAGCUCCGAGGAAGAGUCCGACCACGAGUACUACAACGACUUCGACCGACUGGAACGCGAGCUGCAGCCACUGAAGCCUCUCAGGAAGAACGAGACCACGGUCUGACGAAAUCCCGUACCUGAGCCGAAGCGCGCGAGCUUUGGAAGUCGCGUGCACAGGCGCCCGACGACGUUCCCCCGGUAGUACCUGGACCGGUGACCACCCGGGACUCGCAGGGGGAUGUCGAAUCAUUCGGAAAGAUCUUGGACGGUCUCCAAGAGGGGCGACUUUGGGACCCUCGCGAGCUGACGUCCCUUUUAUCCUUGCUGGGGGGCAGAAAGUCCUUCCCUUUCUCGGAUGAAACCCUUAGACUCGGCAUGACGCCGCUGUUCGAUGUCCAGGAGUCUGCCCCCCGGACGCGUCGCGACGACGAUAAAUUUUACUCUUAAGCUCGCCGGGUCCCCCGGAAUUCCCAUCGACCCGAGGAACCUUGGUCGUAGAUUCGUUCGGAUCCCGAAUCACGCGAGUCCUCCUCGGGGGGCCUCCAACGCGCCGGAGACGACCGACCCUCGAGAGUCCUCGAGGAAGGCGAGAAGCUUGCCAAACUCGGAUCCCCAGUACUUAGAGGACGCUCGCUGUGACAGUGCCGCGUUCGAAUGUGAUCACGCUUAAAUUAGGGGAACGGAGGGAAAGAGGCUCGCUCCCGAAGACGUCGCCAGGGGACGCCACGUGGCAGACCCUCACGACGUAGAGUUACGUUCCGUUCGACGUACACCGAACUGUAGUGCAAAAGUAUUCUUAAUGUGCCAUUCGCCGUGGCUUGUACAUACAACUGUCAUACCUAUGGUUACUGAACUAGCUUAGCGUGGUAACUAUUAUACAUAUAUAUAUAUUAUACAUGUACUAGCGAGCCUCUGCCGACUCGCGGUGUCGGAGUCCAUUUGCGAUUUUAUACGAUAAAAUUAUACAAAAGCGGGGCAGGACCGGCUUCGGCGUCCCGAUACCGCUAUCCUCUUCACCUUGAUCAAACUGCGCGCGUUUUUUCUCCGCCUAGGGGGCGACCUGUCUUCUUUGCAAACCGAAUUUCGACUUUGGGCACCGCGCGCGCAGUACGCGGGACGUCCGCAACGUCCUCGCGCGCUGCCUCGAGAACGCCGCUAACUGUGAUAAGAAACUUUCGGUCGUCCGGACGAACUUAAACGGCGCAUAUGUAGAUUCCUCACGGACGUUCGGUAAAUUAAGUUAAUCGUUAAGACGAGGCUAGGGAGGAACGUCGCUGUCUCGACAUGGCCAGUGUCCGCGAAACCCACGAAUCUCCUGGUGGACGCUUCGCGUGGAAUCGAGUCGAGGAUGAUAUGUAAAAAAGAAAAUAAUGUUCAGAAAAAUGAGCGACGAAACGACGAGGAAACGGAAGCACUCGUCCUCGCGGGAUUAUAUACACGCGGACCAAUGAAAUUGGACCCAGGUGGAAUCCUCUUUUCUCGGGAAAUCUUUAUUUUGAUACCGAUGUAAAUAUAUUCACGUGACGUAGCCUCUAGGUGAAUUUACUACGAGGUAGAGAGCGAAAGUACUUGAACGCACAGUUAAGGGCCGUUGGUGUGUAGUGACAUUGUAAUCCGUACGGAUAAUUGGAGAGGACUUCGGGGAUAUGUGCGAACAUCGAUGAACUCAUUAGUUUUAACUGCUUUUGUGAAAUUUCCUGGACUCGUUCCUGGAAAUGAGUUUAGGAUUAUCGAAAGUUUUAGAGACGCUCCGACGCGCAGAGCCAUCUGUAGAGGUUUUAGCUAACAAUUGAUCUUCUCUUACCGUAGAAUUCGUUGCAUAAGAAAUUUAAUGUGUUAGUUCAUCGCUGCCUUGUUAUAUCCGUUUUUAUGAGUUACAGGCGAGGUCCAUAUGUCCUGUUUUAAUGUUUUAAGGGGUUUUCUGCCCAGUCGUAUACUAUACAUCAAUGGUGCCUGCGUAGUUGUAGGGUAGGACGUGCCAUGCUGUACAGGACAUAGAAAGAAGAGAUUAACUGGCCAUUCCGACGUUUGCCAGUGCAUACAACGCAUUAAAAUUACCCAGACGAGAGUCAGUUCUCCGUACCGAAUGCUAAUACACGGGAAAAAGACUUGAAAAUUAUUAACGAAUACCUGGUUACGUGGUGUAAAGAGGAAGUACCAUUGGUGCUUCUCAAUGGCUGCAGCUUCGAUGCAACGGUUGCAGCCUCGGUGUCUGUUUUUUCUAUUUUCGAGAUGCAUGCCUGUUGAACGUUCAUUCGCUUGCAUUGUUAACAGACUUUUUUCCGUGUAUCGCUAGCCCUGGUAAAAGGUAAAGAAAAUCGAGUACAAUUUUCCGCUAAUUCCACUGCACGGUCGUGUCACCGUGUUCUUACAUUCGUAGCUAAAUAAGGAAAUACGUAUAGUGUACAUUGUGCUAAGUGUUACUAAUUAUGAUUUCUGUCUUGUAAUAUAAAAAUUGAUUCGCGUUUGAGAGACGCGAAGAGAAUGCUACCGUUCGUCCGUUGCCACUUUUUUUGAUCGGACUCUGGAUAACUCGAUCCGGCUCGGAAGGACGGAGCCUUUGUAAAUUACCAUUAUGAUCAAAUGACGAGAACCGUAGUUGAAUGAAAUUGCAUUUGUCAUUCGGUUGUGGACAUAGAAUUUAUAGAUUUUUAUUAUAUCACUAUAUACCGUUACAAAUUAUUGUAAUAAAGAUCAUUUUGUCAUUCUUAAA